AUGGGAUACAGGAUCUUGCACCGAGAGUGGCGGUCGCUCAAGGCCUUGUGGUGGAUGAUGAUACCAGAGCUGGCGUGCACCGUUGCGCUGUUGGUACUCUUCGGUCUCGCGCAGCCAGACCUCUUUCGCACGCAGCUGUGGCAGGCUGGGAACGAUCUCGGCUUCAACUCGAGUCCCAAUAUCAUACUCUACGCCUACGCAAAUCACCGGGCACUACCGACCAUCCCCUUCGUGUGGUCAUUAACUCUUACAAAUUUCAAUGUGGCCAUUUCCGUCCUCAGCUUGUUCAUGCUGAUUGCCAAGAUGAUUGCCAUCAUCAUGCACGUGUUCUACCCGGUGGUCGCUCUCCUCAUCAACGUCGCGCUCACGGCGCUCUACACCACCAGCGUGUACGGCCAGAUGGGACCCGACUACGCCGACUCAAACCACCCGAGCGCCAUUGCCUGGUACAUUGCCAAGCCGUGUACCGUGGCGGCGAACCAGAGCGUGCAAAAGUCUUGCCGGACGGCCAAGGGCACUUAUGCCGCGACGGUCAUUUUCCUUGCUGUCUACCUUGUCAACCUUGGUCUGACCAUCUGGACCAUGAUACCCAAUGAGGCUGACAAGAGGGGCAAGGACGUGGAUUCGGAUGAGGAGUCCAACUCGCCUUCUAGUCUGAGACGCAACAACGACAAGUGGGAGAUGCACGGCAUCCCACAGACGCCGAGCGCGGCAGUGCCCUACACGCCACGCACCAUGGCUUUUAAUACUCUCGACAGGAAACUGCCUCUGAGGUCACAGCAGUACGCUUGA